AUGAGGGAAGAAGAAAUCGAGAAGUUGAGAGGAGUGGUUAGAGAUUGCGUUAGCAAGCAUCUAUACUCGUCGGCGAUCUUCUUCGCCGACAAGGUCGUCGCCUUCACUUCCGAUCCCGCCGAUAUCUAUAUGCAAGCACAAGCCCUAUUUCUUGGUCGUCAUUACCGUCGUGCUUUCCACCUUCUCAAUGCAUCUCAGAUCGUCCUCCGUGAUCUUCGUUUUCGUUAUCUGGCCGCCAAAUGCCUCGAGGAACUGAAGGAGUGGGAUCAGUGUUUGCUAAUGCUUGGAGAAGCUAAGGUGGAUGAACAUGGAAAUUUUAGUGAUACCAAGGAUUCUAAUGUCAUGUACCUGGAUAAAGAUAGCGAAGAUCGUGAAAUUAAUAUAUCAUCAGCAAUAUGUUUUCUUAGAGGCAAGGCAUAUGAAGCUCUGGAGAAUCGUUCUCAGGCACGACAGUGGUACAAGGCUGCAAUUAGAGCUGAUCCUUUAUGCUAUGAGGCCCUGGAAUGUCUUACUGAGAAUCACAUGCUAACAUGUGAAGAAGAGAAAAGUCUUCUUUCAUCUCUGCAGUUUGCUCAAGAAGAUGGCUGGCUUUCUUCAUUCUAUUCAUGUUUAAUAAAAAAGUAUGAUAAAGCAAGUGUUGUUGAAGAGAAAUUCAAUGAACUUGAGCAAGAAGAUAUUAGCAUAAAACCGUCAAACCAGAACCUGAUUUGUACACUAAAAAACAACACAGAUCUUUUGGCAUGCAAAGCUGAAUACUACCAUCAAUGUGGUGAAUACCAAAAAUGCUUUGAAUUGACUUCAGUAUUGCUUGAGAAGGAUCCAUUCCAUCUUAAAAGUACCAUGGUUCAUAUAGCAGCUGCAAUGGAGCUUGGACACUCAAAUGAACUUUAUCUCAUGGCUUGCAACUUAGUCAAGGACUAUCCUCAAAAGGCGAUAUCAUGGUUUUCUGUUGGUUGCUACUACUAUUGUAUCAAGAAGUAUGAUCAGUCACGUCGUUAUUUCAGCAAGGCCACUAGCCUAGAUGGAACGUUUGCUCCUGGUUGGAUAGGGUAUGGAAAUGCUUAUGCAGCCAAAGAAGAAGGUGACCAAGCUAUGUCAGGUUAUCGCACUGCUGCUCGUUUAUUUCCUGGGUGUCAUUUACCUACUUUGUAUAUUGGAAUGGAGUACAUGCGUACACACAGCUUUAAACUUGCUGAUCAGUUUUUCAUGCAGGCAAAGGCCAUUUGCCCGUCGGAUCCACUUGUAUAUAAUGAACUUGGAGUUGUUGCAUAUCAUAUGAAACAGUAUAAAAAGGCAGUAUGGUGGUUCGAAAAGACUUUGGCUCACAUGCCAUCGCCAUUAAAUGAGAUGUGGGAAUCAACCGUCGUUAAUCUUGCUCAUUCUUUAAGAAAAUUAAAGAGGUACAGUGAAGCAAUCACGUAUUAUGAAAAGGCCCUUGCGCUGUCGACAAGAAGCUUAAGCACAUAUGCUGGUUUAGCAUACACAUACCAUCUGCAGGAUAAUUAUACUGCUGCAAUUACAUGCUAUCACAAGGCGUUAUGGAUUAACCCGGACGAUCAGUUCUGCACGGAAAUGUUGACGUUGGCCCUUGUGGACGAAAGCCGGCAAGGCGUUGAAUCGGAAACAUAUAUUUAAAUGAAAAAAUGUGUAUUAUUUGUUGGUAGGGUAGGACUAGGAAUGAGUUUGUAUGUUGUAUUAAAGCAAAACAUUCAUUCAACCAUAUAUAUAUUGAUGACUCCAGGAAAAAUAA